GUCUAUCUCUCUCUCUCUCCACCCGGCUCCUCACUCACGCAGUCACGCCUUCCCGUCCGAUCGAUGCCGCUGAAGCAGCGGUCCAUCUGUUCCCCUUUGUCCUGUUGCAAUCAUUCGAGGCCCCGUUCUCGAUUCUAUAAAACCACUGCCCCGAUCUACCUCUCUCACACGCUCAAUUCCACUGCCAAGAUUCGCCACUCCGUCCGUUACCUUCACUCGCUCACUCACAAUGCGGCGCCAUGGCGAGGUACGCGUGAUCUUAGCUAUGGCCGCCGCCGCCGCCGCCGCGCUCUUGGCGUCGGCGGCCGUGGCCGGACGAGACGGCCGGCAGACCUACAUCGUCCACAUGUCCCAUUCCGCCAUGCCGGACGAGUUCGCGGAGCAUGAGGAAUGGUACGCCGCGUCGCUUCAGGCGGUGUCGGAUGCCGCCACCGUGCUGUACACCUACAGCACCCUCCUCCACGGCUACUCGGCGCGGCUGACGCGCGCGGAGGCCGCGGCGCUGGAGUCGCAGCCAGGGGUGAUCGUCGUCAACCCGGAGGUGCGGUACGAGCUGCACACCACCCGGACGCCCGAGUUCCUGGGGCUGGACGGCACGGACGCGCUGUUCCCGCAGUCGGGCACCGGGACCGACGUCGUCGUCGGGGUGCUCGACACCGGCGUCUGGCCGGAGAGGCCGAGCUACGACGACACCGGGUUCGGCCCCGUGCCUGCGGGCUGGAAGGGCAAGUGCGAGGACGGCAACGACUUCAACGCCUCCGCGUGCAACAAGAAGCUCAUCGGCGCGAGGUUCUUCCUGACGGGCUAUGAGGCGGCCAAGGGCCCCGUGGACACGUCCAAGGAAUCCCGGUCGCCGAGGGACAACGACGGCCACGGGACGCACACGUCCAGCACCGCGGCGGGCGGCGCCGUCCAGGGCGCCGACCUGCUCGGCUACGCUGCCGGCACGGCCAAGGGCAUGGCGCCCCGCGCCCGCGUCGCCACGUACAAGGUGUGCUGGGUCGGCGGGUGCUUCAGCUCCGACAUCCUCAAGGCCAUGGAGGUCGCCGUGACGGACGGCGUCGACGUGCUCUCGCUCUCCCUUGGCGGCGGCACGGCGGAGUACUACCGCGACAGCAUCGCGGUGGGCGCUUUCAGCGCCAUGGAGAAGGGGAUCUUCGUGUCCUGCUCCGCGGGCAAUGCCGGCCCGGGCGCCGCGACGCUGUCCAACGGCGCGCCGUGGAUCACCACCGUGGGCGCCGGGACCAUCGACCGCGACUUCCCCGCCUACGUCACGCUCGGCAACGGCAAGAACUACACGGGGGUGUCCCUGUACAGCGGCAAGCCGUUGCCCACCACGCCGAUGCCCUUCAUCUACGCGGGGAACGCGUCCAACAGCAGCAUGGGCCAGCUCUGCAUGUCCGGCAGCCUGAUCCCGGAGAAGGUGGCCGGCAAGAUCGUCCUUUGCGACCGCGGCACCAAUGCCAGGGUCCAGAAGGGCUUCGUCGUCAAAGACGCCGGCGGCGCCGGCAUGGUUCUCGCCAACACCGCCGCCAACGGCGAGGAGCUCGUCGCCGACGCGCACGUUCUCCCGGGCUCCGGCGUGGGGGAGAAAGCCGGCAACGCCAUGAGGGACUACGCCAUGUCGGAUCCGAAAGCGACGGCCACCAUCGUGUUCGCCGGGACGAAGGUCGGCGUCAAGCCGUCUCCCGUCGUCGCGGCAUUCUCCUCCCGGGGCCCCAACACUGUGACGUCGAGCGUCCUGAAGCCGGACAUCAUCGCGCCCGGCGUGAACAUCCUGGCGGCGUGGUCGGGGUCCGUCGGCCCGUCGGGGCUCCCCGGCGACGGCCGCCGCGUCGGCUUCAACAUCAUCUCCGGCACGUCCAUGUCGUGCCCGCACGUGAGCGGGCUCGCCGCGCUGCUCCGCGCGGCGCACCCGGAGUGGAGCCCGGCAGCCAUCCGGUCGGCGCUGAUGACGACGGCGUACAACGAGUACCCCGGCGGCGGCAACGGCAUCCUGGACGUGGCCACGGGGCGGCCGGCCACGCCGCUGGACGUGGGCGCCGGCCACGUCGACCCCGCGAAGGCCGUCGACCCGGGGCUGGUGUACGACAUCGCGGCGGCGGACUACGUGGACUUCCUCUGCGCCAACAACUACGAGGCGGCGCAGAUCGCGGCGCUCACCAGGCAGCACGCGUCCGAGGGGUGCAGCGCCAACCGCACCUACGCGGUGACCGCGCUCAACUACCCGUCCUUCUCCGUGGCGUUCCCGGCCGCCGGCGGCACGGCGAAGCACACCCGCACGGUAACCAACGUCGGGCAGCCCGGGACGUACAAGGUGGCCGCGAGCGCCGCCGCCGGCGGCACCCCGGUGACGGUGACCGUGGAGCCGUCGACGCUGAGCUUCAGCAGGGCCGGCGAGAAGCAGAGCUACACGGUGAGCUUCACGGCGGGCGGGAUGCCGUCGGGCACCAACGGGUUCGGGCGGCUCGUCUGGUCCAGCGACCACCACGUGGUCGCCAGCCCGAUCGCGGCGACGUGGACCUAAUGGCUAGCGGCGGCCGUACCGUAGCAAUAGCGAGAUAAAAUCCCGAUUGGGGGACGGCAAUGGCGAGCGCGCGCCAUUCUCGAAUGCGAGAGAGAUGGCGGAUAUCGUCGAGGAUGUGCUGUUGUAUUGUGUGCAUGAGUCCGCUCCGGUGUGUAAGCUGCCGGUGUAGUGUAAUCUAUCUGUAGCUGACCCGAUUGUAGCGAUGCAGCAAUUAAAUCUCAAAAGGGUUGCAGACUUGAGCACUUCUUCGAAAA